UUCACAUCUUCUGUUUCAAAACUUAAGCAAGACUACAUUUACAUUAGUCAACUCAAUUAAUGAAAAAAAAAUUAAUACAUCAAACUUAAACAUGAGUUACAUAUUGAAACAAAAAUUUAAAGUGAUAUGUUACUCUUCAAUUUAUCAUAGAAAAUCUUGUUUCCUGAUCCUAUAAAUUCCAAGUCUCUUCAUAUAUCCUAAACCAUCCCAAGCAUCUAAGUCUAAAACAAAACCAAAAAGGAAAAAAAGGAAAAGGUAGAGAAAGGCUUAACAAGAAAGAUGGCAAGCAAAACUGUUCUCUCAAUAUCUUUAAUGGUUUCCCUUUGUGUUGCCAUAUUUGUCACUCAAGGAGUAGCUCAUACGCAAACACCGCCAACGGUUCCAGGACUUUUCCCACCUGGCUUACCUAUUGAUCUUGUAAAAUGUUGGUCGUCUCUCUUCAAUGUUGAAGGAUGUGUGCUCGAGAUCGCCAAAUCAAUUUUCUCCGGAAAAUUUGAAAAUGUCGAAGCCGCAUGUUGCAAGGCGUUUUCGACCUUAGAUGCUAACUGUUGGCCCCAAAUGUUUCCGUUGAAUCCGUUCUUCCCUCCUCUCCUCAAGGAUAACUGCGCUCGCAUUGUCCCCAACUCCCCUACACACAACUAAGAACAAGAAUGAUCGUUGAUCUACAUUUUUAAAUUAGUCGGUAGCUCAAAAUUCUAAUAAGUUAGUUGUUAAUUUUUUUAGCAAAAUGUGAACUCGUAUCUUCGAAGAGCUCUUUAUAUAGGUUUUUUCUCAAUAAAGUAAAAUUUCAGCAAAAUUCAUUUUAAAAUUUUCCAUAUUAUAUAACUUUUAUAAA